AUGGCUCCCGCCGUCGGUAUUGAUCUCGGUACGACGUACUCUUGCGUCGGUGUCUUCCGUGAGGAUCGUUGCGAAAUCAUCGCCAAUGACCAGGGUAACCGCACCACCCCCUCGUUCGUCGCCUUCACCGACACCGAGCGUCUCAUCGGUGAUGCCGCCAAGAACCAGGUCGCCAUGAACCCCAGCAACACCGUCUUCGAUGCCAAGCGUCUCAUCGGUCGCAAGUUCAACGAUGCUGAGGUUCAGGCCGAUAUGAAGCACUUCCCCUUCAAGAUCAUCGACCGCGCCGGCAAGCCCGUCAUCCAGGUCGAGUUCAAGGGCGAGACCAAGACCUUCACCCCCGAGGAGAUCUCCUCCAUGGUCCUCACCAAGAUGCGUGAGACCGCCGAGGCCUACCUCGGUGGCCAGGUCACCAACGCCGUCGUCACCGUUCCCGCCUACUUCAACGACUCUCAGCGUCAGGCCACCAAGGACGCCGGUCUCAUUGCCGGUCUCAACGUUCUCCGUAUCAUCAACGAGCCCACCGCUGCCGCCAUUGCCUACGGUCUCGACAAGAAGGUUGAGGGUGAGCGCAACGUCCUCAUCUUCGAUCUCGGUGGUGGUACCUUCGAUGUCUCUCUCCUCACCAUUGAGGAGGGUAUCUUCGAGGUCAAGUCUACUGCCGGUGACACUCACUUGGGUGGUGAGGAUUUCGACAACCGUCUCGUCAACCACUUCGUUCAGGAGUUCAAGCGCAAGCACAAGAAGGAUCUCUCUACCAACGCUCGUGCCCUCCGUCGUCUCCGCACUGCUUGCGAGCGUGCCAAGCGUACCCUCUCUUCUUCCGCCCAGACCUCCAUUGAGAUCGACUCUCUCUUCGAGGGUAUCGACUUCUACACCUCCAUCACCCGUGCUCGCUUCGAGGAGCUUUGCCAGGACCUUUUCCGCUCCACCAUCCAGCCUGUUGACCGUGUCUUGACCGAUGCCAAGAUCGACAAGUCCCAGGUUCACGAGAUCGUUCUCGUCGGUGGCUCCACCCGUAUUCCCCGCAUCCAGAAGCUCAUCAGCGAUUACUUCAACGGGAAGGAGCCUAACCGCUCGAUCAACCCCGAUGAGGCCGUUGCCUAUGGUGCUGCCGUUCAGGCCGCCAUUCUUUCCGGCGAUACCUCCUCCAAGUCUACCUCCGAGAUUCUCCUUCUCGACGUUGCCCCUCUCUCCCUCGGUAUUGAGACCGCUGGUGGCAUGAUGACCAAGCUCAUCCCCCGCAACACCACCAUUCCCACCAAGAAGUCCGAGGUCUUCUCCACCUUCUCCGAUAACCAGCCCGGUGUCCUUAUUCAGGUCUACGAGGGUGAGCGUCAGCGCACCAAGGACAACAACCUCCUCGGCAAGUUCGAGCUUACCGGCAUUCCCCCGCUCCCCGCGAAGGGUACUGGCAAGACCAACCAGAUCACCAUCACCAACGACAAGGGCCGCCUGUCCAAGGAGGAGAUCGAGCGCAUGCUUGCUGAGGCCGAGAAGUUCAAGGAUGAGGAUGAGGCUGAGGGCAAGCGUGUCGCUGCCAAGAACGGCCUUGAGUCGUAUGCCUACUCUCUCCGUAACACCCUCGGCGACUCCAAGGUCGACGAGAAGCUUGAUGCUGCCGACAAGGAGAAGCUCAAGACCGAGAUCGACAAGAUCGUCGCUUGGCUCGACGAGAACCAGCAGGCCACUCGUGAGGAGUACGAGGACCACCAGAAGGAGCUCGAGGCUGUUGCCAACCCCAUCAUGAUGAAGUUCUACGGUGCUGGUGGUGCUCCCCCCGGUGGCAUGCCCGGUGCUGCUCCCGGCGGCUUCCCCGGCGGCCAGCCCGGCGCCGACUCCAACGACGGCCCCACCGUCGAGGAGGUCGACUAA